AGGCUUGUAGUGCAACUGGUCUGCACAAGCUGCUGACAGAUCUCCCAGAUGAUAUGCUGGAGGACAGCAGGGAUGUAUCCUCCCCUGAGCUCAAUUACUCUGGAUGCAGUGCUGGGGACAAUAACAGGCCUCAGCAAGCUUGGAAUCAGGCAUCAGAGUGGAACAAUCCCCAAGGAGUUGUGUCGGCAGAACAAGAUUAUGAGAGUGCGUACAGCGAAGACCCGUUCCAUGGAGAGUUUGUGUAUGGGCACAGCAGUGAACAGUUUGAUGGCCAUGUUCAUGAGCUCCACGCACCCCACCCCCACGUGUGGAGUGAGCAGCGCGAGGAGGGGCAUGAGUACUUGUACAGCCACGGGGGCUAUUCUUACCCCAGCGUGGGCAACGAGGAGGCAGCGGGGAACCAGGAGGGCAUCCCUCAAGAUGGAUAUGAACAGGACCCCUACAGCCAAACCAAUCCUUUUCAUCCUCAGGGAGCAUAUUACCACUCCAAAGAGCUGAAGGAAGAGUUCCGUCAGGGAGAACACAUUAAGGAGAGUUUUAAGCCUGAUGGAUCAGGUGACCACCCUCCCAGUCAGUUCAAGGUCAAGUAUAAUCCCUACCGGCCAGCCACGCACCCAAACGCAUUCGGCACAGAAACGGGCAGCACGGACGAUCAGUACAGCCAGCUGCAGGCAGAGUUUCUGGAAUCUGGUCAGAAUUCAACAGAACAACAAAAAAUUGAACAACUGCAGAUUUUUGAUAAAGCCCGACUGAGACAGAUCAAAAAUCUUGAGGAACAGCUGGAAGACUACAGCCGGGAGAUGAGAUAUCUUAAUCACCAGCUUGCUAUUGUUAGAGAUGAAAAGGAAGGUUUGGCACUAAGUCUGCAGGAAUCUGGAAAAGUGAUUAAAGAUGGGAAAGAACGGGAGAUACAGCUGGAGGGCCAGAUUAAAGCUUUGGACCUGAAGGUUCAGGCAUUGCUUGCAAAUGAGGAGGAGAAUGUGAAGAAACUGAAGGUUGCAGAAGCAGCUGUGGACAGCAUGCAGCAGCAGAUGGCCGAGCUUUGCCGUUCAGACACCCUGACUCGGGCGCGAGAAGAACACAACCGAGUCCUGGCAGCUCUCAGGGAGAAGCACGACGAGAAAGUGCUGGCUCUCCAGCAAACACUCGAUGCCCAGAACCAAGCCCUGGAAGAGCAGAAGGACAUUUGCCAGAAGCUUCAGGAUCAUGUGAAGCGACUGGAGCGACAGCAAGAGGAGGACAGAGUAGAGAAGGCAGAAGUGAUCAACAGACUGACAAAAAGCCUAGAAGAAAGUCAACAGCAGUGCGCUAAUCUGCUCCAGACAGGAACUAUACAAGAGAUCAACCAGCUACGAAUCCAGUUACAGCAAGCACAGUCGGUGAAGAAUAUCAGCGACAACAUGAACAGAUCUCUGCAGGAGGAAGUCAGCGACUUGAAGGAACAGAUUACACUGUAUGAGUCGGCAGCUAAAUUUGGGAUCAUUGCAUUGGAUCCCAGUGGUGAGCUGGAGAGCCAGUUGUCCGAUUCCUAUGUGGAACUGGGGAUUAAGACAGUUAACUGGAAAAACAGUAAAUUUCACAGCACCUUCAUUGCUGCUGGAAAGGAUAAGAAUAUGUCGAAGGAUGACAUGAUUGUGGAGCUGAAGACUGAGCUGGAGCGCUUCCUUGGCAGUUUGAAAGUCAAGAGGCGAAGGAUUAGCCAGUUACAGGACGAGCUGAAGCAGUCGCAGUCACAAGUGCAAGAGCUAAAAGCCCACCUGGAGAAAGCAGAGAGGGAAGUGAAGGAUUCAAAGGUUAGGGCAAAUAACUUGGAAAAAUGUUUGGAAAUCUCAAGUGCUCCAACUUCUGGACAGGAGGGAGUGGAGAAAUUUCAGAAGGAAUGCAGGUGCCUUCAGGAGCAGCUGGAAAAACUUGAAAAACAGAAUAAGGAGUUGAAAUCUGCAAAUCUAGAACUCUGCACUGAAAUGAGAAACAUGAUUCAAGAUUUUGACCGGGAAAAGCAGGCUCUUGAGAGACAUGACAAAACCCACCAGCAGCACCGGGAUGAUUUAGUGGCUCACUUACGUACAGAAUUAUCACGGGAGCACACGAUUGAAAUGGAGAAACUGACCAGUGUUUACGAAGACAAGAUCCAUGUUUUACAGACACAGCUAUCAGACAUCAACAAGGAGAUGAUUGGAGUACAGGAAUGUUAUAUCACUCUUUGUAAAGAAAAGGACACUUUGGAACAAGAUAUGAGAUGCAAAAUGGAAAAGGAAAGAAAAUUGAAAGAGGAUGAGUUACGGAAGCAGCUGCGUGAGGAGAAGGAGCAGGCCCUGGGAGAGCUGGAGCGUGAGCUGGGGGUUCAGCAUCGUCUGUCUCUGGCCACCUCAAAGGCCCUCUGGGUGAGAGAGAAGGAAGCCGACGUCAAGCAGCAGGUCAACACUCAGCUGGCACUGGCCAGAAUGACCUGGCAGGAGGAGCAGCACAAGGUGAGGGAGGAAGCCGUUCAGGAAGCUGUGGAGAGGGUGGAGAAGGAGUGGGCCCGGCGGCUGGAGCAGUCUCUGGAGAAGGCUCGGCCCGAGACCGAGUCACACGAGCGGCACUGUCAGACCGAGCCCUGGGAGAGCGAGGGCCUUACCGGAAAGGAGCUGGACUCGCGGCUGGCAGCACUGAGGCUGCAGUUACAGCAGGAGGCAGAAGAAGAGCGAGUCAGGGCCGUCGCGGAUGCCAUUCGAGAGACCCAGAGCAAUUUGGAAACGAAACACCGGGAAAAAGUUGCUGAACAGGUAGAAAGUGCUGUAUCCAGUGCUUACAGUCGCUGGCUUCAGCAGUUACACACCCUUCCAGAGUACAAAACCAGCCUUCAAGCAGAAAAAGAAGAGUGGGAGAGACAACGGGACCAGGAAGUCGCAAAUCAGAUAUCGGCUGUGGUCAGGGCUGCUGAGGAAAGGUGGGAGAAGAAUCACCUUAAGGAGAUGGAGAAACUAGAAGCGAGUUCAAGGAGCGCGGAGCUCCAGGAGAAGGUGCUGUCCCUCCAGAGACAGCUGGAGCACCGGAAGGAGGAGGAAGCGGCGCUGGUCAAGGCUGAGCUGGCCAGGGCCCGCGCAGAGUGGAACAGGGAGAAACAGGAGGAGAUCAGCCGAAUCCAGGAGCGCAACGAAAAAGAUUAUCGGUCCUUUCUGGACGAGCACAGGAAUAAGUUAAACGAAGCCAUCAAAUCCGCCAAGGAGGAUUCUGAAAGGCACAAGAAUGAACUGCUUCUGCAAAAGGAGGCAGAGUUUCAGCUGCGCCUCGAGGGGAAGGAGAAGGAAUGGGCAGCGCAGCAGGAGGAGAAGUGCCGAGUUGUCAGACAGCAAUGUGAAGAUGACAUGUUGGUUGAAACACAGGCCUUGCUUGGGGAAAUCCAGGAGCUUCUCAUUCAAAGCCCGGAUAAGCUGCUGGACAUCCCGGAGACCCGGUUCAAUAAUCCAAAGGAAACCCAGCAGUAUUUUAUUGGUAAAUUAAGAGCCUGUCUCCAGGCUGCAUGCCAAGGCCUUGUUUCCAAAGCAAUCAAUGAAGCCAGAAACCGUUGGGAAAAGAGCAAUGAAGAAAAACUGUGCCGUGCUUUGAAGGAAGCAGAGGAUCGCCAUAAGCAAGAAAUAAAACAGCUGAGAAAUCAGUGCAACGUUUCACAGCCAGGAACAAAGAGUGACCUGUGCUGUAAUAAGUACUGUGCUGAAAAGUUUGAGAAAUCCCAGAGACAGUGUCAGGAGCUGCAGAGACACCUGGAAAAAGCCUGUCGUCAGCUCCAGCAGACUGUGAGAGAGAAUAAAGCUAACAUGCAGCAGCUCAGAGACAGUUAUGAGGAGGCUAUCAAAAAGGAAAAAGCUGAAAACAUGAGGAGGACUGAAGACCCUGGGAGACGUGAAAGAAGAUGCUUUCAGUCACAAACAGACAGUGUACCCGACAGCAGGACUCAGGCUGCUCUGGAGGAGAUGAGGGACCAGUAUAUGAACGCGGUUGAAAAAAUCCGAGGCGACAUGCUGCGCUACAUCCAGGAGAGCAAGGAGCGGGCUGCAGAGCUGAUCAGAACAGAGGUGUUGCGUGAGCGGCAGGACACCGCCAGGCGGAUGCGCAAGUACUACCUGUCCUGCCUGCAGGAGCUGCUGGAGGACGGCAGAAGGAAAGAAGGUGCUGAGAAGAAAAUAAUGAACGCUGCCAGCAAACUAGCUGCCAUGGCAAAGGUGCUGGAGACUCCUGUGCCCAAGAGGAAAGGCAACAAAACGGAUGUAGUUCUGGGUUCAUCAAAGGUGGAGGCAUCUGCAGCUAACAGCAAACUUGCAGAAGCCUUGUAUGUUCCUCUGAGCCAGAAGCACCCUGCCAGCAGUAACCUUCUCAAGAGCCAGAAUUUCAGUACAGGAAGUGUGGAAAGCCAGGCUCCACCUCGUACUGCUCUGAAACUCUCCGAGGACAGAACUCGGGAAGCUGCACUUGAGGGUCCAAGACAUGCCAUUCCAAGCAUGACCGGAAAAUCGGGUGAAGGUCACCAUGAGGAUCCAUGUGCCACUUUUGCCCAUCCAAGGAGUGGAAAGAGAAAAGCCUGCAGUGCCGGUAUUGUGCUGGAAAACUCUCGAAAAGAGGACACCAUGCCCAAACAUGGCUCGAUUCCGAUUCCGGCAUACGCAUGCUUCGGUCAGGGAUAUCGGCUUACCCCAGGUUGCGAUUUCUCUGAGACAACAUUAGCAAACAUAACUGUUAGAAAUGAAACCAGAGAACCUGCUUCAAAAGGACUUGGCUCCUGCCAAGCAGAGCAGUGCUCUGUUGCUGAAUCAGUGAACAGACCUUGGGUCAUCCAAGAAACCCCAGUUAGAGAUGAAGGCAGCUCAAGCGAUUGGACUUCUGCAAGUUUAGGCACCUGCGUAGAAAGUCAGACUGGCUUGUCCUUCUGUGCAGGAGGUGACGCGGAGCCCGCAGGCAAAUGUCUAUCACAAGUGCCUUCCUUCGUCUUGCCUCUUUCCGAUUCCGAUGACGAAUCUGUGCGCAGUUUCCGGAGGAAUGCAAAACUCCAGGAUCUCCAGGCACAUUUUAAUGCUUGUAGGGAAAUCCCAAGUGUUCAUUCCAAGCCCAGACCAAAAAUCUGUCCAGACCCUGGGCUCAAUGGGGACAUAGCCAAAAACAGAGAACCUAUUCCGGGCUCCGAAGAUAAAAAGCUGUAUAAAUUGUGUUCAAAGAGUUUGUUCUCAGAAAUCAAGGCCUCUCAGCAGGACAGUGGAUUUGAUAGUCCACUCUCAGUUUUCCCAAAGUAGGAAAACUGUAUGCGGGUUUACAAGUAAGAACAAAAAGGUUUGUAACAUCUGGUAUUUGUGAAAAGGUUUACAGGUUUCAAAAAGCUAAAAUACGAGAGCAAUGAAUUUGUGAAAUCAAAGUAUAUUUACAGAGUGCUUGUUUAAGUGCAGCUUGUGUGUGCUUGUUCAUGGUGUGUAAAUUAUUUUUUGUAUUUUUUAAACUUUUAUCUGUUUUCUUUAAUACUUAAUUAUAUUUUUUUA